AGAAUAUCCAAUAUUCAUUAUCAGUUGAGUUAAGAUGGCAGCAACCAAAGUACCAGAGGUGGUGCUAGGCUCUUUCAAUGGCCAAUGUAUGCCUGUGCUCGGCUUUGGCACAGCAGCUGACAACUUAGACCCGAUUGCUUUGAAGACUGCGGUUCUUGAAGCCAUAAAGCUGGGUUACAGGCACUUCGACACAGCCCCCAUAUACACCUCAGAGCAGACUCUAGGUGAAGCAGUGGCUGAAGCUAUUAGCCUUGGCCUUGUUGCCUCUAGAGACCAAGUGUUUAUCACUUCAAAGCUGUGGUGUAAUGAUGCUCAUCCAGACUUGGUCAUUCCUGCUCUAAAGAAAUCACUUCAUAAUCUUCAAAUGGAGUACCUUGAUCUUUAUCUCAUUCACUGGCCCAUAAGUGGUAAGCCAGGGAAGUUAGUGUACCCGCUAACCGAAGAGGACCUUGUGGCAUUGGACUUGAAAGGAGUGUGGGCAGCCAUGGAAGAAUCACAGAGACUUGGCCUCACCAAGUCCAUAGGAGUGAGCAAUUUCUCUUCCAAAAAGACUGAAAAUCUGCUCUCUUUUGCAACUAUUCCUCCUCCUGUUAAUCAAGUAAUUAUCUAGUCCAUCUGCAUACAUAUGAAGCAGCAUUCACUCCCAACACCCAAAAAUCUAUAAAUCCACGAUCUCCUUAACUCACCAAAAAGAACCAGCUUUCAGCAAAACCAAUCGAGAUGGCAGCAACCCAAAUCCCAGAAGUGAUUCUUGAAUCCUCCAAUGGCCGCAGGACCAUGCCUGUGCUUAGCUUCGGCACAGCAGCCAACAAUUUAGAACCAGAGGUUUUGAAAGAAGCUGUUCUUGAGGCCAUCAAGCUUGGUUACCACCACUUCGACACGGCUUACGAGUACGGCUCAGAGCAGAGCCUAGGAGUAGCCAUAGCCAAAGCACUCGAACUCGGCCUUGUGGCUUCUCGGGACGAGCUCUUCAUCACUUCCAAGCUUUGGCCUAAUGAUGCUCACCCUGACCUGGUUAUUCCUGC